CUAUCAACUACCAUCGCGAUAUAUCAUUGAUAUAUUUACUACCCAGGUACGAUGCGCAGUCCAAGGCCAUUGAUGUCAUGCACCUUUCACCGCCGACAUCGUUAUAAUUGCGUAGUCCAUGCAUCAUCAGAUAGACUCAACGCUUGUGUCGCUGGCAGAGGAUCACAGACCACUUGUCCAACGUCAUAAUUGGAAUACGAUAUUCUGGAUCCGUUCGGGCUGCAGAUGGUUUUUCGUAAAUUGGGUAUCGACUCCGAGUACGACAAACAACACCCGCGCAUCCACAGCUGUUUGGAUCUUGACGAGAAAGAGGAAAGGGGAGGAAAAGACGAAGCUGUCACCGUGGUUUCCGAACGUACGUGGCGGCGGCUUAGUUAACCUUUUAUCUUCAAACGCGAAGCCCGUCGGUUCUGUUGAGGCCGGCGUCUUCUGAAGAGGACCUUUUAUCCCCCGCUCGUCCCUCUGCGGAGGUUGACGGGCGUGGUCGAUCUUGAGCAGAGACAAAAUGUCACUGUACACAUCGCCGCCACCGCUCCGUACGCCCGAUCAAGACAAGCCAACGCUUUUGGUUUGUUGGUGGAUCACGUUAUUCUGUACCACGAUAAUCCUGUUGCGCAUCGUCGGCCGCUUCGUCAGAUCUGAGAAGCUGUUUAGGGAGGACAAGACGGCAGCGCUGGCUAUCAUUCCGUUAUACUUGCGCAUGGGAUGUGUUCAUGUUAUUCUUAUCUACGGAACCAACAACGCACACUUCACCGAGUUGACCGCCGAAGAAAUUCACAAGAAAUCUAUUGCGAGUGGAUUGGUCCUCGCUAGCCGGAUCUUCUAUGCCGCAACGCUUUGGAUCCUCAAAAGCGCCAUCCUCGAAUUCUUCAAACGCUUAACGAGUACUACCUGGAACCGUUCUCACGAGAUCAUCUUGCUCUUUAUACGGGCUACUCUGGCCUUAACCUUCGUGGCUGUUGUAAUAUCGGAUUUAACAGAAUGUCAACCGUUCGCCCACUAUUGGCAGGUGAUGCCCGACCCUGGAGGCCAGUGUCGUCAAGGAUAUGUCCAACUCAUCACGAUGGCGACGUGCAACAUCAUGACAGAUGUCCUCCUCGUUAUCUAUCCGGUUCCUAUAAUCCUCACCAGUUCGAUGACCACCAAGAAAAAGAUUCAGCUGACCCUUUUGUUCUCAACGAACCUCAUCGUUGUUGCGACCACUGGAUAUCGAAUCCCUCGAAUACUUCGUCUUAAUGGAAGCCAGCAGAUCCGAUCUCUACUUGCUUCUGUUGAAUUACUAUUCGCUACCGCCUCCGCUAAUACAUUGGUGCUUGGAUCCUUUGUCCGAGAUAGGGGUGUGAAAAAGUCUCGAUAUAGACACAAUUCUGGUCCUCCCGAAUCUAUCGAUCGUACAUCUGAGCGGAGACCUACGCUUCAGAAUCAUUGGGGCAGCGACGAAGAUCUUGUGAGAGGCUUAGGGCUUGGUGUGGACCGCGAACUUCGCCUUGCCACGAAACAGCAAGAGCAGGGAGAGAACCGCACCAAAUCUAUUACGGACAUGGAGAAUUGGAAUUUUCCUCGACGAAAUCCAAGCAGUGCUACACGCAGCGACGAUUCUCUAUUGGGCCGUGAUCAACCUACUGCGUCACGAAGCAACUCUACUUUAACUCCUCGCAGGGUUUCGUUCUUCGAUGUUGGAGGAUUGCUGGAUGGCGAGCCGUCUCGAAGCGUACGGGAUAGCUACAAUUCUGGCAUCGAGCCUCCAUCACCACUCUCUCCCGCCUCUCCUUCAACUGCCUUGCAAGCAUCCACCAACGGCUUCCGACGUGGGUCCCAAGUAAUACUACAAGAUUUCGGUGGUUUUCUCAGCCCCUUUACUGCUAGGCAAUCUCGAUCGAGCUCUAAGAAUGGAACGGAACUGGAACCAAUUCCACAAGAUCCCAAAGAGCCAACAUACGAUUCUACCGAUAGUCGUGGAAACUCGAACGAAACAGACCAAAAAAUGAAAAGCUUGGAACGUCUCCCUGAGAAGACUAUUGUGCAUUGAUGAUUGAUGUUCAGGGGGGGGACUGGGAGUCCAUCGAUUAUGGAUGUUACAUUUACGACUUACACAUAAUUUCGACUCAAUCGGACUACUUUCUUGACGCCUUAUUACACCGACAACUACAGCAAUUACCGAAAUAACAGUUACACUGCACAAACUACUGUCCUCAAAACCGGAUUACAGUUUGCAUCAUAAAUUCACGGCAUCUCCUGGGUUAUUUGGAAUUAAUAA